AGACUUUGAGUCCUAACGGAGAAGACAGCUCAGUCCAAACCCCUUCCCCCAGGCACAGCAGGGUUAAGUGUCUGAGCAGAGAGGGAAUCCCAGGCCGCCUGGAACUUGAGACUUCCCAGCUGAGAGCCAGCUCAAGUGAGCGAGAUGUGGACCCAGACGCACUGCAGCGGGCACCGGGGUCCUGAAUGCAGGCCCUGAAGAUAGCUGCCACUAGAGUCCCACGGUAGCCGUGCCACAGCUCCGACUCUGAGUCUGCGCUGAGAGCCGUUCACAGGAGCCCAGCAGACAGGCCCACUCUUCGCUGGAGGGGAUGAAUCAGAAGUGACCAAGGAUCCAGAGACAAGAAAGCCCUGUUCCCCAGGCGGUUGUUCAGAAGCCCACUAAGGAGCCUCAGAUCCCCAGGCUCCACACAGGACCAUGAGUUUAGGCUUCCGUGAGCCCUGCCAGGGGGUGAGGAUGGCCACUCAGCCCAUUACCUGGGCUCCUCCUCCAACCACUACAUCCUCCUAGCACCCGGGACGGCGGGGCCAUGCCAGGAGAGCGGCCCCCAACUUUGCCCAGAGACUUACAGCCCUGCCAAAUUGCCAGGAGUCUAGGGUGCCCCUCUCAGCACCCACUCAAGGACCACGGCCCUGCCAGCAGGACCACCCAGGGCAUGAGAGAUGAAGGUAGCAAGGCCCAAGGUUCCCCAGAAGCCCAGCUGUGUCAGGUCAAAGAGGUGAAGCAAGAGGACUUGCUCCUGAGAACACCAGCCCCGGCAGGACGGAGCUGUGCACGGGCUUACUCAUGGCUGGCCAGCAGGAUGGAAAGUCACCCACAGCUCCACAGCCUAAGUACUUCAAGGAUCAGAUGCAUCCUGGGUGAGCCGCCCAAGGAUCUGCAUCAUGAAGCCCCGCGCGUGUCAGAUAACAAGGUUCCUCAAGGCCAAAAGAGCAGAGCCCGCCACAGGCCCAGCAUCCCAAGGACCGAGGCCCUGCCUUCCCCAGAAGAGAAUAGCUCCCAAAGGUGCUUUCAGGAGGCCCCUUCCAGCUUUACCUCCACCAACUGUACCUCACCAAGUGCCACCCCCGGGCCCUUACCCCGGAGGGCCCCCCAAAGCAAUGGUACCAGCCCCCGUAGGCAUGCUUCUGGCACUAACCUCCAGGCCAUUGGGACCAACCCCUGGCCUCCUGCUGCUGAAAACAGCUUCCCAGGUGCUAAUUUUGGGGUCCCCUCUGCAGAGCCCAAGCCCUUCCCUGAAGGCAGCAGGCCUAGCAGCCCCCAGGGGGUCUCUGUCCCCUACCCCUUUCCUGUAGAAACAGUCCAACAUGAGCAGGCAGCUGGGACAAUGUUGUUCCCCUUCCACCAGCCCCUGGUAGCAUGGUCUGAGGAGGCCCUGGGUACAAACCCUGCCUACCCAUCCCUGCCUUGCAACCCAGGCCAGCCAGGGGGAGCCAACACUCCCAGUGAUCUUGGAGGUGCCCUCUCUCCACCUGGUGCUGCUCGCAUGCCCCCAAGCCCCUUCCAUGAUAGUUUGCACAAAAGCCUGACCAAAGGCCUUCCUGAAGGGCCCCCUUCCACUCAUGAUGGACUGGGGAGCCCCAGAGGCCUCCCAAAUCCUCCAUCCCAGAGGCACUUUCCUGGGCAGGGGUAUGGAGCUAACGGGGUGGGCACCAGCCCAGCAUCUCUGGACACAGAGAUGCCCACCCCUGGGCCACCACCCGCCCACCUGCCCCAGCUGUGGGAUACAGCAGCGGCUCCUUACCCCACGUCUACCCUGGACCCCGCGGCUGCUGCCAGGACUGCCUUCUUUGAAAGCCAGCAGCUCUGCCUCCCCCAGAGUCCCCCUCUGCCCUGGUCACCAGUACUUACAACUCCUGGGCCAAAUACCCACCAAAUAGGGGUGCUGAACCCACUGACGUUCCCCAGGGGGUCUUCUGAGUGGCAGGCGGACAGCCAGGGAACCCUGGGUGCUUUGAAUACAAUCCCCAGGCCUGGGGAGACAGUGACAGCUCUCAGGAACAGCCCAGGCCAGCCAAGCAGUUCCCCAAGACUACUAGCCUAUGGUGGGCUGAAGGACCCUGGGACGCAGCCCCUGUUCUUUGGGGGAACCCAACCCCAAGUGUCACCCCAAGGGGCCCUCAGCCUGCCCCCACCUAGGGUGGUGGGGGCCUCGCCCAGUGAGUCUCCUCUCCCCUCACCUGCGACCAACACAGCCAGCAGCAGCACCUGUUCAUCCCUGUCGCCGGCAUCCAGCAGCCCAGCCAACCCCAGCUCUGAGGACAGCCAGCAACCUGGACCCCUCAGGUCCUCAGCCUUCUUCCUGCCCCCCACCCAUUCCCAGGAGACCAGCAGCCCCUUCCCCUCUCCAGAGUCCACAUACACCCUCCCCACAAGCUAUCAGUCCGAGUCAACCAAAGCCUUCGCUCUCCCCACAGAGGGACCGGGAGCUGAGGAGGCCUUCAAGCGCCUGGAGGGAGUCCCGUUCUCCCACAAGAGCCCCUCACUAGGCAGAGACAGGUUGAAGGGCUUUCCUCCAGAGCCGCCACCUCCACCGUACUCUGUCCAGCACUUCUCCCUAAGCAGCGCCAGCCUGGACCAGCUGGAUGUCCUGCUGACCUGCAGACAGUGUGACCGAAACUAUAGCAGCCUGGCGGCCUUCCUGGAACACAGGCCGCUCUGCAGCCUGCUGCUAACCAAGACCAAGGAUGGCUCUCUGCAGCCCCCAGGGCUCCCCACACCCACCACCUCCUCAAAGGCACCCACCGAUACACACUCAGCCUUGCUUGAACACAACCAGGCUGUCCCCUUCCUGCUCACCAGAGAUGACCAGGGGGACAGCAAAGAUGACUCCCUGAGGACAAGCUUCCUUCCUAGCCUGGCUGUCACAUCCUUCCCACUCCCCACCUCGGACCUUGACAUGGAAGAUGACGCCAAGCUCGACAGACUCAUCACCGAGGCACUCAACGGCAUGGAGUACCAGUCAGACAACCCUGACAUAGACAGCAGUUUCAUUGAUGUCUUUGCUGAUGAGGAGCCUUCGGGCUCCAGGGGCCCCAGCGCUGGGCAUCCCCUCAACAGCCAGGUGGGAGCAACUUCCAAGAAUGGUAGCCAGCCCCAGCUCCCAUCCAGAGCCGCUGUGCCAGAACCCCAAGGCCCCCACACUGGAGACGGGAGCCGCCCGGCCCGAAACAGGCCCAAAACCCGCUCCCUGGGCCUUGCAUCUGCAGAGGCAGAUGUGACCACCCUGGUCAGGCAGCAGAGGAGAGGGAAGCAAUUCAAGUUGUUCCGGAAAGAGCCAGGUGUGACCAAGGGCACCAACAAUCAGGCCAAAGCCAUCUGCCUAAGGCCAAGGAAAAAGGGCCGCAGUGCCGAGAGACCCCGACCCCAGGGUCGGAAAAGUCAGGCUCGCAAGGGCCACGCUCGUGCGGAUCGCAGCAUCUCCAGAGCCACCUCUAAAGAGACCAGGAGCUCCAAGCACCUGCAACUGCCCUCUGGGAAGGACUCCAGGAAAAGGAGGGGGCGGGGAGGCUCCUGGAGCAAGGAGCUCAUCCACAAGAUAGUACGGCAGAAAAACAGGUGCCGCCGGCAGCAGGCACCACGCAACCAGGUCUCCCAUGUCCCCCUGCUGCCUGUCAGACUACCUAGCACCCAGGAGUGCAGGCUUCCGGGGCAAGACUGUGCCUCUGAAUCUGAAGAGGAGGCUGGCGUGCAGCAGCAGGAUUUGAGGGGUCCUGCCCAAGGCUGUUCCCCCCACAGCCGCCAGCGGUGGCGCCAGGGCAAGAAGAGGAAGAAAGAAGAUUUGACCCAGAACCCAAGAAAGGUCAUGAGGCAGGAAGCUGGUGAGAACGGGGGCUCUCCCACUCCAAGGACACAAAGCCUGUUGCAGAGCUUGGAUGUUGGAGAAGCCUCUGUGGAAGGAGGACCUGAGCAUAGUCGUCCUCCCAUAGUAGCCACAGAGCAUCCUCCACAGGUCCUUGCCACCACCAAGACCCAGGAGGAAAACCAUGCAGCCCUGGACUUCCCCCAGGAGGGCGAGAAGCCUGAAGUUGCUGCUGUGUUACACCCGGAUAUCACAGAGCUCAGAGAGAGGUCCAGUCCUCCAGCUAACUGUGGUGGGGAGAGCCCCAGAUCUGCUGCUCCAGUGCCAGCACAGGCUGCCAGUCCGAGGCCGUCAGGGAGCCACCCUGAAACACUAUCGGGAAACAGCAUGCCAGUACCAGAUGCAGGCUGUCUGCUGGGCACUUCUGGAUGCAUGAACCCCCCCAGUUUGCAUACCAGAGAGGACUCCGUCCCCCAGCCUGAAAGGUCCCUGGUACCCAUCGAUAAGGUGGCAGAUGCUUUCUAUACUGAAUCCAGCAUCCCGGUUUUCAAGAACUCGAGUCCUGGUUGUGACCCUGACCACUGUGACAGGCACUCUAUAGAGUGUCCAGCUGCCAGAAGAGAACCCCUGCCUAACAACGACAUCUCCUGUGAAUUGUUUCUUGGAUCCAAGGAGCUAGCUAACUGUUUCCCUGAUGAUCUGUACUCCAAGCCUUUAGCUAUGGACCCAUUGCCUGCCCACAGCUGCUACCUUAGCCAGGACAGUGUGGAGACCCUUGAAUCAACGCCACCCAAGAGUCCGCCCUACCCAGCUGAAACAGACCCAGGCAAGGUGCAUUCUCCACUGACCUUGGAGUCCACAUCCCUGUUUGCAGAGCUGCCCGAGGAUGGAUUUGACCCACCACUCUAUGACAGCUUGUCUGCAAACAGGGUCACCCAAGUACCACUGGCAGGUCCUGACCCUCUCCCUAAGAAACCUCUGGCCGAUCCUCUGUACCCACCGUUCUUGCUGCUGGAGGAAGAUUCGCUGAUGCUGCCUGGCUCUUUUCCUGGCCUCUCCAAGGGAAAGGCAUUCAGCAAGAAGUGUCCCUUGGAACAGACAGUGCCUCCCAGCUCUCCCACUGUCCCUGAAAAGGGAAGCAAAUUUAGCCUUACACUUACAAGCAAUCUGUGUGAGGAUGAACUGGAGAUCAAAAGAUUGGUGACUGAAUUAGAGAGCCAACUGCAGGGGAGGACGAGCACACAGGGGUCCUUGGGAGAGCCCAGGGAAGCUACACGGGAAGGCAAGAUGGAUGCAAGCCCAAAGCAGGCCUCCCUUCUGCCCACAAAUCAGGCCACCUCACCCUUGAGGGAGCCAGCAGACCUUGAGGGAUCAAGUUCACAUCAGGAAGAGGCCCCCAAGAGCCCCCAGAAACAGUGGUCCUACCCAGCCUCCUGCCACACAGAAAAAGCAACACCUCCCCCUGGUACCCAAGAGGAACCAGGUUCCGGGGCUCCCCUCAGCCCCAAAAAAUGCACACUCAGUUUUCAGAGAGCGCAGGAAGCCGUCAUGUCCAAUGCAGACAGUCGGAUCCCCCUAAGUGACCACCUGCCUGACACCAACAAGCAACAGGCGCUCUUCCUGCCUGCUGAGAGUUUAGUCAAGUAUAGCCCGAAGCAUGGGCUUUUGUUUUUGAAAAAUAAGGAAGCUUCUGGGACACAGAACGAGAAUGCCUCACUGCUGCUUCCUGGUAAACACACAAGAGAGCAUUCCCUGGACCCAUCCUGUGAGACCCAGGAGCCCCACCCAAGAACCCGUGCACUGGAAGAAUUCAACAGCCCCGAUGUUCACCUGGCCUUAGAACCCAACUUGAUGCUUAAGGGUAAUGAGGAUGUCACCUCCCUUCCAAGUGCCAGUCUCAGCCAUGACCCUAAGGGACACCUUGAGGACCAAGCAGAGAGUUCUACAGGAGCUGAGUUUACCAAGCCUAUUGCAAAGGACCCUGGCUUUAAGGGUGAGUCUGAAUCUGCAGAGAGCUCUCCGCUCUCCACCCUUCAAAGUGGUGGUAGUGCUUGGUCUCACCCCAUGCCAGAUCCUCCAUGGGAGCCCAGAGGCUCCAUGGGAGGACAGAGGCUCCAGGAGCCAGCCUGCUGCUCCUUUCCUCUGCUUCAGGUCCUGGAUGCUACAGCCAAGAGUGAAGACACUUCCCAGGACCCUCAGCCUGGGGACCCCUCAGUGACAGGAGGGGCCGGUAUGAAAGAGGGUUCCUUAAGGGCUGUAAAAAUGUCAGCUCUUCCUGCAAGCAUCCGAAAGCAGCUGAGGUCCAAGGCAGAUAGAUGUCUGGGCUCACCCGGUCAACCUGAAAAGACCAAGGGCCAGAGUCAAGCCAACAGACUCCAGCCAAAAAGCUGGAGGAGGAGCCUAGGGAACCCGGACACACUCACCAAGGUCAGUACCCAUUUGGAAGCUAGGCCAGCUAGGGGCAGAAGGCCACGCCAGGGGAACAGAGUAGCCCGGGGCCUUAGGAAACAAGCACUGUCUUCCACAAGACCCACCUGCCCUGAUGGCACAUCCUUGAUUCCAAUCCAGAAACCAGUCUCUCUCCAGAAGGAGCCUGCAGAGAGAAGCCCAGAGAAAGCAGCCAGCCCACAGCUGUUGUUUAACCAGGAGAAUCCCGCUCCCUCCAAUAGGGGCCUGGCCACAUGUGUCCUCUCCACCAUUCCCCAAGCCACAUCUAUUCCCAGUGACCUUGAGCUGAUAUCCCAGGAAGACCCCAGGGCCAGAGUCAAGUCUAUCAGGUCACCAGCAUCUUCCUCCAACAGAGACCUACCCAGCCCUGAUGAUCAGCCUGCCUGUCCUGUCUUAGCACCUUUGGGUGCCAGUCAUGGCCAAGCCACCAAAGAUGCUGAGCCCCCAGGAGCCCCUACAUUAUUGAUGACAACCUACGGUGGCCCUGAAGAGGCUUUAUCCCACCACUCUCUGCUGGGGACCAGCAGUCCCAAGGACCUUCCCUUGGGCUCACUUGGCUCCAUCAGUUUUUCAGCCCCUGUAUCACUUGAGAGGAAUAGCCCCAAAGGCAUCACAGUAGGAACAUUAGAAGAUUCUGGAAAAGAGGAACUGAGGAUAUCUCCUGCCCAUUCCUCUGCUCCUCCCCCAGAGGAUCUCAGCUCCUCCAAAAUGACCAUCAGAGCUGCCCCUCUGACCAGCAUUCCUCCCAAAGAUAGCCUAGAUUUAGGAGAGACACUUGAGGUGCCAGACCCCCACUGCAUGGGAGUCCUACCCCUCAGCAACCCAGAAAGGACAUACUCCAAGGACCCUUCCGUAGGGCCCCAGAGCAGUACACCUUGCCCUGGCCACGGGGAAGGCCACAGCAUUAUAGCUGUGCCCACAGACCUUGCCACACUGGAGACCACAGGACCAGACUCUCAAAUCUCCCAAGAAGAUGAGGCAGAAGCCAGCAGUCAGGAACAGGACAACCCAGGAACACCUGGGACAAGACACUGUGAUGUGACAAAGGUAGACAGAGCCAGUGCCCGAGGCAUGCCCACCAGGAUCCACUUGGCCCGAGAAACUCCUCUGAGCAGCACAUCCAGUGACUUCAGGUCUGAUUCUCCUCAUUACCAUAUCAGUAUCUCUCAUCACCCUCCCCAGAAGGACUCCUUCAAUCCCCAAGAUCAUAAACGGAAGCCCCGUGGCUUAAACAAAAAGCCAGCUCCCACAGAGAAGACCCCAGCUGAGCUACCCGUGACCUGCCAGGUCUGCUCAGCCUCCUUCCGAUCCAAAGCGGGCUUAAGCCGGCACAAAGCCAGGAAGCACCGGCCACAAACGGAAUCUAGACCCAUGCUGAACCCCAUGGCUGUGCCAGCUUGCCAGCCUCCAGAUCCCAUGACCAAAACAUGCCAGACUCCUGGGAAGAAGCACCGCAAGGUACCUGGAAAGGGAAGACCAUGUCACCCAGCCCUGGGCGCUGGCCACUCUUCUGGACCACCUCCCCUCCAGGCCUCUACAACACUGGAGGACACCAUGGGUCCUGAGAUAUUGCAAGUGACUAGAGAGAAAUCUGAGGGACCUAGGACACUAGACACUCCCCUCAAUCAGCACCCACCCACCCCAGGCCUGAAGGAGCAAGGAGAGAGUGCAGAGGUUCCGGCCUCAAAACCAAGGAGACCAGACAGGUGGCAAGCAGACCAGUUCCAUCCCGACCAGACAGAAGUGAUGGGCCAGAGGCACGGUGGAGAGCCUGCCAAUUCUCCUAGCCACCCAGAGAGGAAACCAAACAGGAAAGGGGGGAAGCUAAGAGUGAGGAGGCGGAAGCAUGGUCCCAGAGGCGCCACCCAUGUGACUUCAGACCCAUCAACCACCUGUGGCCAUCCUCUCAUCCCCCUGAGCCUCUCGCCUGAGGGAGAAUGCAGGCCACCACCUCCAUCCUCUACAGUAGGGCCCAGAGCACUGGAGGAUGCUGAAGAUGUUGGCCCAGGGGGCCUGUGUACAGAGGAGGUGCCAGCACAGGAGGCCCCCCAAGAGUGGCGAGUCUGUCAAGGGACAAUAGAGCAGCCGGUGGAACAGAAGGCAACCUGGACACAGUGGUUCUGGGGACCAGAAGAGGCCAGGGCAUUGAACAUUAGUGGAGAACCCUCACAGGCUGUUGAGAGCCAACCUGCAGAGGACGGCACAGGAGUCAAAUGCAGGUCUGACGGGGGCACUGGGAAAGGGACACCUGACUUACCUGACAGGACACACGGUCUUGAAGUGGACAGCACCUUCAGCAGCUACCCCCAGGGACCUAUCAAAGACCCAGAAACGCAGAGUGGAGUUCAGGGGUCCGAGGGCACCACUCCUGAUGCCCCCAGCCCAGAUCAAAGGGAACCUCCGGACUUGUUUGAUGAUGAGGUAUUCUCUCAGCUCUUCCCCCUGGAUGGCCGCCUCACUCAGAAGACCCUACGUGUCUAUGGGAAGCGCUGCAAAAGGCCAAAGUGCCCAUCACCAAAGGAGCCCAUCACUGAGGUAAUAAACAAUGCCUCACUCGGCUCCACGCGCCUGCCCACAGACCUCAGUGACUCAGGCUCUCUGUGCCUGUCUCGCGAGGAAGAGGAUCUGUGGGAUGAUGAAGUCAUGAGUUUGCCUGAGUCCCUCCUGCUCGAUGGGCUCCUAAGCAAUAAAACACCUGGCCUUGACCCAUGGAGCCCCAGCCUCGGCCUGUGGACCCUGGAAUCCAACAAGGAAACCAGCUGCAUAAAGGAGGAGCCCCCCUGCCUCUCGGAGAACCAAGAUGAUUGGUCAGAGCCCAUCCCCCAGCUGCACAUGGUCCCAGCAGCCUGGCGAGACCUGGAACCCUGUAGCCCAAUCUGUGAGACAACCUCUUCUGUUGGAGACAUGAGCCCGGAACCCCCCAACCUGGAAAGGGAACAUGACAACAGGCCUCCCGGAAAUGCCAGCCUGCCCCCAAUUUACGUUAAAGACUUGGAGGUCCUCGGCACCCAGCUGGAGAUACAAGACCUGUGCUUUCUAGGACCCUGUGAUGACCUUGCUGACCUCCCUAACCCAGGCGCCCUAGACCUCCAGGCCGUAGCAAAUUCACAGGGCCCUCCAAACAAAAGAAUGGAAGGAGCUGCCAGGGCCAGAAGAGCCAAAGGCCGAGACCUGCGAGUGAAGGGCAGGAGGGCCUCCUACAAGUGCAGGGUGUGCUUCCAGCGUUUCCAUAGCCUGGGCGAGCUGGAUCUCCAUAAGGUGACACACAGCCCCUCGCCGCCCCCCACAUGCUACAUGUGCGUGGAGCGCAGAUUCAGCUCCCGGGAGCUUCUGCGGGAGCAUCUGUGGGAGAAGCACGUGCAGGGCAAAGCAGGGCCGUGGGCCUGUGGCAUGUGCCUGAAGGAGGUGGCCGACGUCUGGAUGUACAACCAGCACCUUCGGGAGCACGCAGCCCGCUUUGCCCGAAAUGGACAGGCGCGGCGAGCCUUGGGAGACCUGCCCAGAUGCUUGGAAGGGGAAAGCACCCUCACACACUUCCUGAACACCAUUGUGGAGCAAGCAGCCAAACCCCCGAGGACCAAGCGCUCAAUUGGCAAGGCCAGUGGGGAGCCAUCGGAGCGGGAAGGAGAAGCUGGAAAGAAAACCCCACGAAGGAUGAAGCGCAAGGCUCGUGCCUCGGUCACCCCCAGCCAAGAUGGCGCCGAAGGAGACAACCCUUCCGUUCUGACCAGCAGCUCUGCCACCUGCUCUUACUCCGCCAAGACGCCCCCCACUCCGUCCCCAGACCCUUGGACCCACGAUGAGUCCCCGCUCCAAGCUGUACCAGUGCACGAAGACUGCAAGGACCCCUCCCGUGACUGCCACCACUGUGGCAAACAGUUCCCCAAGCCCUUCAAGCUGCAGCGCCACCUGGCGGUGCACAGCCCACAGCGCGUCUACCUGUGUCCCCGGUGCCCACAGGUCUACCCUGAGCACUGGGAGCUGAGAGUGCACCUGGGCCUGACCCACGGGGUGACAGAGGAGAAGGAGCUACCACACGUGCCUCUCUAUGCCUGUGAGCUCUGCGCCAACGUCAUGCACGUCAUCAGGAGGUCCUUUGUCUGCAGCUCCUGCAACUACACCUUUGCAAAGAAGGAGCAGUUUGACAGACACAUGGACAAACACCUGAGGAGCGGCCAGCAGCCCUUCACACUCCGAAGUGUUAAGCGGCCAGGGGUUCCUAGGAGGAAGAUCCAUGUCUCCCAGGAUGUGCUACCCAGCACGCAGCACAGGCUGACGGCGCCCUCCAGCCCCCCUGAGCUCAGCACGGACAGAAUCCCAUCCACAACCAGCCCUAUGCUCAGUGAGGCAUCCCUUCCUGCACUGCCUCUGAUCUGUUCGGAGACAGCUCCUAGCCUCAUCCUGGACCAGCCCAGUUCUCAAGAGAGACCUGUAGGCCAGGCAGACCGCUCACCCAGGGGGAGCAACCCACCACUGAGUGGCCAGGAUCUCCCACCUCCAUCUCUGUCUCCUUUCUCAGCCUCCUCAGCUGAAGGUACAGGCGGCUGCAAGCUGGACAGAACCCUGGAGAAACCAGAACACGAGGCUUCCUUGGGAAACCUUGAGCCAUGUAAAUGGCAGAGUCUGGUAGGGGAAAAGGGGGCCCUUCACCUGUUCUCAGGAAAACACAGGAGCCCAGGCACUCGAGGCAAGUGUGCCCCUGGAUGUUCCCCAGGAGACCCCUCUCAGCUCCAGGAGAGGCGAGUGACCACACACCACAUGGCACCUGAGGGGAGAAUAGAGGGUCCCUCCCAGAAGGGCAAUGCCACCAAACCAGGAGCCUUCUCAAGUACUUCCAAGCACAGACCAGCAGAGCCCACCAGGAAAGCCCCGAAGCUACCUGCACCACCCAGAAAACUUACAGAGAUGGAGAUCCCAGCUGGAGAGCUGGUCUUGAGUCCUGAGGACAGGGUAAAGCCCACCGCUUCUAAAGGUAAACUGAGAUCCAGCUCUCAGAGCAGUGGGGGGCUCCAGCCUGGUACCCAGACAGGGGGUGGCAGCCAGCCCCAGCCAACCAGUGGGCAACUCCAAAGUGAGAUGGCCUCCACCCCCACUGAGCCCAGUUGUCCUAGCUGGCCAAGUUCCACCCCUGAUCAGCCUCCACUGCAAGCCCACACGAAGGGUGGCACCAGGGGGCCUGGAGAAGCUGUUCAUCAGGGGGUCCAAGUGCAUUCAAGUCCCAGGGAGAAAAGAGAAAGCCAUGAAAAACAGAGGAAAGGCCAGGCCCUGGGACUGGGCAGACAUGGAAGCGUGGCAAACACCGGGAAAGCACCCUCAGCCCCUGACAAGUCAUCCAGAGCCCCCCGAAAGCAGGCAACUCCCAGCAGAGUCCCCCCUGUCAAGUCGAGACCCAGCAGCCAGAGCAGCAGGGCCAGGCCACAACCAUCAGCACAGCAGAAAGGGGAUCCAGGCCACACUUCAGAAAGGGGCUCUUUCGCCCAGGCAAGAGCCCUGCCCAGGCCCUACAAAAGGAUCAGAGCUAUCCAUGGCAUUGAACCUAUGGGGCCCCGAGACCGCCGGACUGCAGAAGCCCAGAGCGACCUCCUCAGCCAGCUGUUUGGGCAGAAACUGACCAGCUUCAAAAUCCCUCUAAAGAAAGACAGUUCCCAGUGAUCCCCAAGAGAGAGUGCGUGGGUGCCCAGCUGAUGGGCUUCUGUCUGGCAUCCGGUGUUGGGGACAGCUCAUUCAGGGACCACCUGUCUGUCUCUCUGCACCUGAAUUCCCAAAAAGUCUCCGACAGACUCGAGACCUGAAAGUGUGCUGCUGAGAACAGGGCUUUUUGCUGGAAGGCUGGGAAGAGCUGGCCUCUACUGCCCUGAGAUCGUGCGCCUGCAUCCCUAGUAUGAAGUACCUGAAGAAAGCAGGUCACACCCCAUCACCGCCACCACGCCCUGUUGGCCAGGUGCCUGGUGCUGUAAAACUCGAGUUGAGGGUUUGCACAGGGUCCCCGCUGUCCUAGCGGGGAAGCACACGAAGGCAAUCAGCCACACAGUGACUGCCGCCUUCUCCACUGUCAUUGCUAAGAUUCCAAAGUGUCCCUAGACGUCACAUGGGAGAGGACCAUACUGUCUACUUGGGCCAUUUCUGAGCCACCUGGUCUUUGAGAGCAUGACAGGACCGCCCUCCCCCACCCCCAACCACAAAGUCACGCUGGCCUCCAGCUGCACUGCUGAUGUCUCCAGCACCUUGUCCCCACCCCCACGGCCCCUGGGUUCCUAUAGGAAGGGAAUGCAGAGAAGGCCCUCCUCAGCCAGCGCCCAGUGGAUCCCUCAGCUCUAUGGUCCCUUCCUAGUGCCUUCCUUCCCUGUGGGGCUCCGUCUCUAGGUCCCAGAAAGCCUGAUCCAAAGGCUCUGGUGCUACUCCCAUGCUGUAAUGUGAAUACAGGCUCCCUGGUCUUUGAACCACGGGAUGAUUAGGGUGGGGAGACCUAGCCAGAGAGGCUGCAGCCCAGGACUCGAGAGAGCCUCAUCCACUGGUCUCCCCAGCUGAGUUCCAGCCCAGGGUCCCAGCAGUGAAGGGACCCUCCAGGCUGGGCUGUGGGUCUGGUCUGUGCACUGGCACGACCCUGCCAACUGCACGCCUGCCUGAUAUAGCAUUGUGUGUCAGCGUGGGCAGAGGGAGAGGCCUCCCAUUUCUCCUGGGAGUCUUAGAGAUUCCUGGCUUAUCUUGUGUAGUUUGUUAGGGGUUUUUUUGUUUUGUUUUUUUGAGGUUUUUUGUUUUGGUUUUUUGUUUUUGUUUUUUUUAGCUUUGGUGCAAUGUGAGUGUCAAAAGGUUUUUAUUUUGACAUUUUAAACAAGACCAAAUCAGGCCCAAACUGCCUCUGUAGAAGGUGCUGGGGUCUUUCAGAAUGCCUCCUUCCAAUGGAUAAAGACGUGGGCAGGGGCCCCCCCAAGGUCGUACUGUAAACGCUACAGCUAAUUCGUCUUUUCAAAUAUAUUCCCACUAUUUUCGCAGAA